CGUGGAUGCAAAGAGUCAUAGAAAUAUUUAGAUGCUUGUGCUCUUCAAGCCUGUAAGCAAGUCUUUUUUCAGAGAUGAGAAUCGAUGGCAAUUUUACUGGAAUGAUUCUAGACUCUCUAAACACAACCGUGAGGGCUUGAUGAACUCUGACGGCAGAAAAUCUGGCUUUCACAUUAAAAAGAAACAUCUCAGGCUUUCUCCAGGCAGGUUCGUACCUUGCAACAUCAUCUACUCCUAACUCUCCAACUUCAGCUGUUGUCUUAGGCCAGCCUUACGCUGUCCUCACUCACAUCAACAGUCCUGCUAAAGUCUACGGAAACAGCAAAUUUAAGCAACAGGAGGCAUUAGAUGAGAUGUCAGAAAAACAGCCUCACCUUCAUUACUGACCUGCUGCACGACCUCAGGUAGCAUUAUCCUCUUUCCAUGCCUGUUUAACAUUCAAUGUUCUUUUGGCCAUAAAAGGUAUCUCUGCAAAUGAAAAGGCUCUUCCUAUGUAAGAAGAGCUAUGUGCCAUUGCGUAAGUAAUGUGAGCAGUUAAGUGUCAGAGGAGCUCUAGAUAAAUAGGAAAGAAAUGUAAAAACACCAAGGACUUCCAGGUAAGUCAGAAAAAACCCAAGGGAGAACACAAUCAGAAUUCCAACAUGUCUGCUAUCUACAAGAUAUUUCUCUGCAGUUUGUUUCUGGAAACCUACGCGCACAGAUUGAUCGGAUACUGCAUACGUUAUUUGUCAAAAGUACACAUAAAAAUCGUAACAAUGAUUUGCACUUCAAUGAAAGCUGAGAUAGACAGUACUGAAUCCUGUAAUUUCAGUAUAAUGGAGUGAAUCCUUAAAGUAAUUUCAGUGCAAUUACCUUUAAAAAAUGUUUUAUCAAGACAGAGGGGGAAAAGCCCAACCACCAGUCAAAGUGAGAUUUUCUCCUCAGAUUUCCAGGGAGGAAAUCUGACGCUUUUAGUUUUGCUUGUUGUACUUCUGGAACAAACUACAUUGAGAUCACAUUUUGAUUUUUGAAUUCGAAGUAAAACAGAACGAACUUACUGCUCUUCAGUUAAUUACCAAAAUUUUACUAGUGCUUUCAGUGAUGAAUAAAAAUGAGUCUCUGUUAAUUCCCUUUGCAGUUAAACAUAUUUAUUUCUCUAGAAAUACACUGUAAAUAAACAAAUGUAACUUUCAUAUCCAUGUCUAACCUUGUACUUGAAUUACUCUGCCAGUUGUUAAAUACUGAUUUUUUUUUCUCUAAAGGUUUUCUCUACACACGGGUAAGCAAGUACAUGUAAGAAUUGUUAGUUGCAUGUAUGCAGGUAUACAUUCAUACAAGGCCUUUUGUUAUUUAUGCCACAUUAAGUUCUUAAUUUUUUGUGUGAAAUCUCCUGAUUUACUUUCAUGCUCUCAAAUGUUUCUUUUGUUGUAGAGCUGAUACAGUCUGCUCAGGCAGAGGACUGUGUAAAAGAGUGUCAGAAACUAAAAGGUGACAGCCAUGCUCUAACUUUCUAGAAAUGUUAUAUUUAUAUUUGAGUAUUUUUUAAAGUUUUUAAUGUAUUUCUUGAAGUCUAGAGGGUGAGGACACCUUUCUUUUCUUCUUCCCUUCAUACUCUUUUCUCACAAUAUGAUGGUGUUUGCAGGAGCAAUUUGUACAGUUAAACCUUCUCUUUUUUUUUUUUUUUCCCUAUUUUCUCUUCUCUGGGGGACCUCUUUGCUUUCUACAGAAGGUAGAUGUUUUUUUGCAGCCCCUAGGAGGGUGAAGGUGAGAUGAGCAGGAUGAUGGAGGCGGUGGAGGUGCCACCAGAGGGGUAUUCCCUGAUCAAAGCCGUGUACCAGAGACGCCUCCGCCUCACCAGGCUGCUGAUCGAUGGGGGUGCCUACGUCAACGAGAGCAACAGCAGAGGGGAGACCCCCCUCAUGGUCGCUUGUAUGACUGAACAUGUGGACUUGCAGAGUGCCAGCAAGGCUAAGAUGGUUAAGUACCUGCUGGACAACAAGGCUGAUCCAAACAUCCAGGACAAAUCUGGGAAGACGGCCCUGAUGCAUGCAUGCCUGGGCAGAGCGGGCCCAGAGGUGGUGUCUCUGCUGCUCAUGAGUGGGGCGGACCCAAGCCUGCCUGACCACUCCAACUGCUCUGCUCUUGUGUAUGCAAUAAACUCUGCAGACAGAGAGACCCUGGAGGUUCUGCUGAACGCCUGUAAGGCGCGAGGGAAAGAGGUGAUCAUCAUCACCAUGGACAAAUCCGUGUCGGGGAGGCAGGAAACCAGGCAGUACCUGAACGUGCCUCCCCCAGAGCUUGGGGAGUGUCAGUACCCAGCUGCCUGCACCUCACCAUCGGAAAUAGAACCCAGUGAGAUUCCAGAGGGACCAUUCAGCUUCAGAGAGCUGUAUUCUCCACAGCAGGGGGACAGCUUAUCUCAAACAGAGUCACUGACGAUGAAACCCAGCCCGACACAGGGGCGGUUCAAGCUGACCCAUGUGCAGCAACUGGAGUGUGAGCCUUGGAUAAACUGCUGCCCAGCAGUAUUUCACCAGAGGAAAAUCACUUCUUCACAGGAACUUCAGAGUAUCACUCCAAUAGAAAAGCUCUCUUGUAAAGUCAGUGGCCUCGGCUUAUCAAAGAGAGUCAACACCAGUCCCCGAAGUAUUGACAGGAAAGACACUGCUCAGGUAUUCAAAACCUCUGAUGAAACUGGGUCCAGGAAACCACCACCUGACAAGAUAAACUAUCAGACUCCUUUUGUUGAAGAGAAACAUAACCCAAGUGUGAUUCCCAUGGGUCAGAGUGUCAGUUUUGGACAAAUCAGCUUAAUUUCAAACCUCAGCAGUUUUUUCAGGAACAAAAAUGCAAAACCAGAUCAUGAGAGUUCUGAUUCUCAGCUAAUUGCUAGUUUAAGUCCUGCUGCUGCUGCAGAAGACAGUAAGUCAGCAAUAGGAAAGAAAGAGAUUAUUUCUCCGUCUCACUCCUUGUUACCAAGUUCCAGAGAAGUUCCGGAGAAUAUGCCACCUGUUAAUGUGAAACGCAGAAAUCAGACUUUCCCAGAAGGACAAGGGUCAGGAGCCUUAGCAUUGGAUCAGACACGGCCAGGUUAUCUGCCACCCCUGAAUGCGAACCCUCAUUCCCAAGUUGAAGAGAUCACUGUCAUAAACACAGUUUCUGGGAUGAUUUCUUGUGGGCAAACACAGUUAGGGCCAGCAGCACCCGCUUUUCCUAGAAUGACCAAAAACACCAAUCUGCUGCGCAGGAGGCCAUAUGAGCAGAUUACAGUCUGAGCAGAUUAAGCAAUUACUGAAUUUUUAACAGGGGAUAAGGGGCUACAAACUCUUUGAUAUGUAAAUAUUCACUGCACUACCUGAUUGUAAUGGUGCAUAUCACAAAGUAGAGCAGGUCUGUGAUGUAAAGCUCUCUGCCUUGGGAUGAGUUGAACAGCUUAAAGACUACAUGAAAAGACACACUUAAUGAGACUGCUUUCUGCAAGCUGAGGAAUAUUUAUUUUCUUGGUUUUCUAAGGUUUUCAUCUUAUCUGUGACAGACUGAACCCACAACACCUCUUAAGCACUGCAGCUGCAAUUGUAGGUUGUAAAAUAUGACUCCUAGAUUUUCCCAAACAGGUACUCUUUUUGCAGCCACAGAGGUCAUACACGUGGAGUUUGAAAACCUGAAACAGCAGACUGUGAUGCUGAACACCAGCCUGACUUUGUCCAGGUUGUACAAUACCCAGAAAACCCACACACAUCACUGUGCAGGGGCAGGUGUACACAGGCAGUAUUUCCUGCUUCUGUGACUUCACUCCAUGUAAAUAAUCAAUAAAACUCAUGUUGCAGAGCUGUGCUGCCCAGGGAAUUCCAGCUAAAGACUGAGAGCGUGUU